UCAACAUCUAGCAGGACGCCGCCAAAGUAAAACAGCUGCUUGCAACCCCAAUUGUGAUCCAAUCUUGAUAUGGAAUCAUAAAAAAUGCGGCGAGUUGUCGUGACUGGCCUCGGCGCCAUCACGCCGCUCGGGCUCGGCAUCCAACGAACUUGGACCCGUCUCAUUGCUGGCGAAUCCGGCAUUGCCAGCGUUGCGGAUCGAGAGCCUCGACAGCGAUGGAGAGAACUGACGUGUACCGUUGCCGGCGUCGUUCCUCAAGGGCCUGGCGGGAAGGCUGAUGGCUUAUGGAAGGCUGACGACUGGCUGAGUGCCGCGGAGCAGCGGCGCAUGUCGACCUUUACGCAGUAUGCGAUUGCGGCUAGUGAUAUGGCUUUGAAGGAUGCCGGAUGGGAGGCGUCACGGCUUGAGGACCAAGAGGCUACGGGAGUGUGUCUUGGGAGCGGCAUUGGCAACCUAGAAGAGAUGUAUGAAACUAGCCUGUCCCACAGUAAUGAUGGAUACAAAAAGGUAUCGCCACUUUUCGUGCCCAAGCUUCUCAUCAACAUGGCAGCAGGGCACAUCGCCAUGAGGCACGGCUUCCAAGGCCCGAACCAUGCUGCAACGACGGCCUGCACUACAGGAGCGCACUCUAUCGGAGACGCAGCCCGGUUCAUCGCGCUCGGAGAUGCUGAUGUAAUGGUUGCCGGCGGAGCAGAGUCCUGCAUCCACCCUCUCACUUUUGCUGGCUUUGGCAGGGCUAGAUCCCUGGCCACGGCAUACAACGAUAGACCAGAGGCGGCAUGUCGCCCGUUUGAUGCCGAUCGAAACGGCUUUGUCAUUGCCGAGGGAGCAGCAGUGUGCGUGCUUGAGGAGCUCGAGCAUGCAAAGGCCAGGGGGGCCAAGAUUUAUGCCGAGAUUAGCGGAUACGGAUGCAGCGGUGAUGCGUACCACAUGACGGCGCCGCGAGAAGAUGGACAUGGAGCAUAUCUAGCCAUGAGAAAGGCCUUGAAGAGCGCGGGCAUCAAGCCCUCGCAGGUUGACUAUGUGAACGCACAUGCUACGAGCACGCAAGUGGGAGACACGGCUGAAGCGGCAGCCAUCAAACGGAUCAUGAUGGGCGACGAAGGCGUUUCAUCCGAAUCCAAAGUCACCGUGAGCAGCACCAAGGGCGCGAUAGGACAUUUGCUAGGUGCAGCCGGUGCAAUUGAGGCCCUCUUUUGCAUCCUGGCCAUUCAUGAGGGAAUUGUGCCGGCUACUUUGAAUCUGGAGCGGCCGAAUGUAGACGUCGACUUCAACUUUGUCCCCUUGGCCUCUCAGCAGAAGGAAGUGAAAGUUGCAAUGAGCAAUAGCUUUGGGUUUGGGGGAACCAACAGCACGCUUGUGUUUUCCAAGUUUGAGUAAGUAAGCUUGUAAGAAUACUUGUACAAUAUAUAAAAUCGGCGUAGACAAAUGGAAUUCUCCAAUAUUUUUUUUUGGUCAUC